ACGAAUAGCUAUAAACAAUGUUGUUUGUUUUGUUCUGUUGAUUUUUUUACUUUGAAUCUGCUUUCUUGUUCUUCUUUUUUUGUGAAUUCGCCAGUUUUUAUCAUUUUUUAAUAUCCUGUAUGUUAUCAAAAAGAUGACAAGUACAGAAAGUGAAGCUAAUUCGUGUGGUUCCACGAGAAAAUCUUUCGGUAGAGGUAAAAAGAAUGGUGUUAGAUCUAACAAACUGGUUAAAGCUAAGAAAGGUUUAAGCUAUAAACUUUCGUAUUCUGCUAAGGAAACCGGCAACGGUCCUCUCUUUGGAGUUUCCAUGAAUGUUCAACUUCAAAAGGAUGGUCACUUUGUAUUUGCUACUGUAGGUAAUAAUAGAGUUGGAGUUUAUGAAUGUUUAGAGGAUGGAAGUAUUAAAAUUUUACAAGCAUAUUCGGAUCCAGACUCUGAAGAGAAUUACUAUUGUUGCACUUGGACGUACAAUGAUACUACUCUUGACCCCAUUCUUCUCGUUGCGGGAAGUAAAGGGGUCAUUCGAGUCAUCGACCCGGUGACAAAUGAUUGUAUAAAACAUUACAAAGGUCAUGGACAAUCCAUUAAUGAUCUCAAAAUUCACCCACACGAUCCAAAUCUGUUGCUCUCUGCCAGUAAAGAUUACUCUCUUCGGUUAUGGAACCUCAAAACAGACAUUUGUAUUAUCAUAUUUGGUGGAGUUGAAGGUCACCGAGAUGAAGUAUUAUAUGCUGAUUUUCAUUUGAAAGGUCAUAAGAUCAUUAGUUGUGGAAUGGAUCAUUCGCUAAAAAUAUGGUCUUUGGACAAUGAGCGAGUUGCCGCUAAAAUUAAAGAUUCUUAUGAAUUUAAUGUGGAGAAAAGUAAAAAGCCGUUCAAAACGUUUAAGCUUCACUUUCCGACUUUCACUACAAGAGACAUUCAUAGAAAUUAUGUUGACUGUGUUCGAUGGUAUGGUAAUUUUGUUUUGUCCAAAUCGUGUGAAAAUGCAAUUAUCUGUUGGAAACCCGGAAAGAUAGAGAACGAGAAUGAUUUUGAAUUACCUGUUGUCAAUUAUACAACUGACCAAACUACCACUAUUUUACAUAGAUUUGAUUAUAAAAACAGUGAAAUAUGGUUUAUAAGAUUCUCUAUGGAUAGGGAACAAAAGAUUUUGGCUUUAGGUAAUCAAGUUGGUAAAACUUAUGUUUGGGAUUUAGACACUGAUGACCCUGCUAAUGCCAGAUUUACUAUCCUUUCAGCCCCAAAUUGUACUACAACUAUUCGCCAAACAUGCCUUUCUCAAGACGGGUCCGUAUUGAUUUGCAUUUGUGAUGAUGCUUCCAUUUGGCGUUGGGACCGAUGUGAUUUAAACCAAGAUGCCAAAAUCGCUACCAAUGGCCGUGGUUAACUAGUAUUCUUUUUAAGGCUUUUGCCUUUACAACGUGUUUAUUAACCUUUUCCCUGUUAAUCAAUUGUUCAGUUGAUUAUCAACUACUUUCCUGUGCUCAUUUUCAUUGGUCACCAAGCAUCUUCACUCUUUCUUCCUCCAGAGUUUUUAUACUCGAAAUUAAUCAUUCUUAUUAUCAAUCAUCGCAAAAUUCUCAGAUCUCAUGCAUUAAAAAAAGUCAAUCAUUUAGUUCAAACCUUGCAUAAGCAUCUAUAGGCACAAUCAAUGAUGCACAUUUUGUCUAUUAUUGCAAACAAUAAUGAUUAUAGCAAAAACAGCGAAAAACAAAACUCCCUAUCAUUGAAUAUGAUUCAGCCAUUUACGUUUGUAAAACAAUUUUUAUUUAUGCGACUAUUUAAUUAAAUGACUAUACACACUUAUUUACAAUAAA